GACCUGGGCCUGCCAGCGGUGCCAACUCGUAGGACACCAAGCUGGGCUGCAAGGAGUGGGACCUAGCACACACUAGUUUCAAAUGGGAGGGCCACCGGCCCCCUGUGUGGCCCUGGCAAGUUGCUCAGGCUCGCUAAGUCGCGGUCACUUUGUUAUGGGUGGGGUGAGAACUCCCGCGCUGCGAGGAAAGGAACGUGCUAAGGUAGGGACAACCAGCGCUGCAAGAGCAGAGCGGAGAGCAGCUCCCGCCCACAUUUGGCCCGGCGAGGAGGUGACUCAGGAACUUCUUCGAUCCUUCCUUCCUAGCCGCACGCUCUUCUGCCCUUCGGAUAAGUCUAGACUUGCAGAGCUGGGGACUGACGGGAGAGGGAGGGCGCAGAGCGGCAGGAGCCUGCUGGGCUUUGAGCCUGGGUGGCAAAGAUACAAAGAUAACCCUAAAUACUUCCUCCCCACCUCCCGCCCCACACAGUCUUCUUUUUUUCUUUUCUUUUCUUUUUUUUUUUUUGAAACCUCGAACUCCUAGCCUCCAGCGAUCCUGCCACCUCAGCUUCCCGAGUACCAUCCCAGUCUUUAAGCUAGAACUCUGCCAGAUGCUACAGACACGAGGGAGGGUCACAGGCCACUAAUCUGGGAAGGAGACAACCGUGGGCACUUCCUUUUCCUCUCCAGCCUCAGUUUCCCUUCUGGAAUGGGCGGUAUUGACAGCCUGUCUGGUUCCUCCCUGUUCUGGCUGGAACUCUUUGACGUUUAACAUACACCUCCAUUCUGACUUGACCAAUUCCCGGGCACUAAUUUGCUCCCCAGGAAGGGAAGGCUGGAGUCCACAGGGCUCCCACCUAACCCCUCCUCCAACAUCAGGCUGAAAGACAAAAGCUGAUGAGUGAGUCAAAAAUGGAGGGAAGGGAAGGGAUUGACGUUUUUCCCCCUUAUAUUUUAAAUGACAGAUUGUGGUGAGUAGAGCCCAGAUUAAUUUUCUUCUUAAUCACAAUUUAUGAUUCUAAGCAAGGGACACACUUCAAAUUUCCACUCAUCCUUUCUCAGGGCAAGGCUGAUGUGGGCACUGAGGAUAUUCCCUGAAGAGUGCUGGGCCCCUGCUGGAAGCCCCCUGGCCAAAGCAACUUCUAAGAGAGGAUCCAAGGGAAUAACCUGGGGGAGAGGCCUGACAGAGGAGGUUUCUCCAGCUCAGGGUUUUGAGAUCACCCCCACCAUGCCGUGGCCCCUGCUGCUGCUACUGCUGGCCGUGAGUGGAGCCCAGACAACCCGGCCAUGCUUCCCCGGGUGCCAGUGUGAGGUGGAGACCUUCGGCCUCUUCGACAGCUUCAGCCUGACACGGGUGGACUGCAGCGGCCUGGGCCCCCACAUCGUGCCCGUGCCCAUCCCCCUGGACACAGCCCACCUGGACCUGUCCUCCAACCGGCUGGAGACGGUGAACGAGUCGGUGUUGGCAGGGCCAGGCUAUACCACGCUGGCUGGCCUGGAUCUCAGCCACAACCUGCUCAGCAGCAUCUCGCCCACCGCCUUCUCCCGCCUUCGCUACCUGGAGUCGCUCGACCUCAGCCAUAAUGGCCUGGCGGCCCUGCCGGCCAACAGCUUCACCAGUUCACCCCUGAGUGACGUGAACCUUAGCCACAACCGGCUCCGGGAGGUCUCAGUGUCUGCCUUCACUACCCACAGCCAGGCCCGGGCACUGCACGUGGACCUCUCCCACAACCUCAUUCACCGCCUCGUGCCCCACCCCGCGGGGGCCGCCCUACCCGCGCCCACCAUUCAGAGCCUGAACCUGGCCUGGAACCGGCUCCGCACCGUGCCCGACCUCCAAGGCUUGCCCCUGCGCUACCUGAGCCUGGAUGGGAACCCCCUGGGUGCCAUCGGCCCAGGUGCCUUCGCGGGGCUGGCGGGCCUUACACACCUGUCGCUGGCCAGCCUGCAGAGGCUCCCCCAGCUGGCGCCCUAUAGCUUCCGCGAGCUACCGGGCCUGCAGGUCCUGGACCUGUCCAACAACCCCAAGCUCAAGUGGGCAGGGACUGAGGUGUUCUCGGGCCUGGGCUCCCUGCAGGAGCUGGACCUUUCGGGCACUGGCUUGGUACCCCUGCCUGAGAUGCUGCUGCUCCAUCUCCCGGCAUUGCAGAGCAUCAAUGUGGGCCAGGAUGUGCGGUGCCGGCGCGUGGUGCGGGAGGGCGCCUACCCCCGGCAGCCUGGCUCCAGCCCCAAGGUGGCCCUGCACUGCGUAGAUACUCGGGAAUCUGCUGCCAGGAGCCCUGACAUCUUGUGACAAAUGGUGUAGCCCGGGGCCACAUGACAGACUGCACCCUGGGCUUGCUCAGGUCCUGAGUAACUUAUAUUUCGAUGUGCCGGUGCCAGCGGGGAAUCUGCAAGCCUGUGUGGCGGCGUCAGCGCAGGAGCUGUGGACCUGGGAGAGGCUGUGGACCUGGGGCCAAAGUCUUGCCCCUUUGUCCAUGUUGCCCCUCCAAACCAUGAGCAAAGGGACUUUGAUGCCAAACCAGACUCUGGUCCCUUCCUGCUGCCCUUCCCCACUUGUCCCCCAAGUGCCUUCUCACAUACCUGGCCCGACCUGACCCACGACAGGAGGGUGGGCGGGAGCUGCCACUGCAGGGCAGAGUUCAGGUCCACUGGGCUGAGUGUCCCCUUUGGGCCCACGGUCCGUCACUCAGAGGCAUGAGUUUCUUUUAUGACAUAGCCCCUCUUUGCUCUGGGCCCAUGAGGCCAGUUCAUCCUUUUCUCUUCCCCUGGGACCCUGGGUAUAACCUUAAUUACAGAAGGAACUGGAGAGAAAAUCAAGUCCAUCCUCCCCAUGGGACAGAUGGGGAAACUGAGGCCUAGAGAAGGAAAAAUGCUAAUCUGAGUUCCUCCAGUGGCAGAGGCAUGACAAGGACCCACUGUCCUACCUUCCAGCCCAGGUCCUUUGCACUUGCCUGUCUUCUCUAGUAAGUCCUCCCCCUUGCUGUCAUUUGUGCCCUUUCCCUGUCAUCCCCAGGAGCAGCAGCUGCAGGACAGGCAAGGGCCUUGGAAGUGGGUCUCCGGGCGCAGUGACCAGCUAUAUUGCAUGGUCAGUUCACCUUUCACAGCCUUUGGAGGCUUAGGGCAUUUCAUUCCCAGCCCUGCCAGGUUCUCGCCCUGGGGUGAGGUCCCCCAGCAUCAAGACUGGAAAUGUGCCUGUUUUCCCUGAGACACUGCUUCUAGCUGCUCCCCCCGGGAGUUGAUGCAGUCCUGGAGCCUUGUCUGGCCGUGACUCCGAGGGCCUCCUGGAUUCAGUCCCCACUGGCCCUGAGGCCAACAGAGCCUAACAGCCCAUCUCACUCUCCCACCCUCCCACCCUGCCACAGCAGGAGGCAGGGUCUCCCCCACCCAUGUUUUUGCUCUGUCCCCAGGGUGGCAUCUCAGUUCCCCAGCCCUGGGCGCUUUCCUUAGCCUUCCUUUUAUAAAAGUUGUUGCCUUUUUAAUGGACUGUCACUUUCAACCCCCACGCCCCACCCCUGCUGGCAGGGGGUGGAAACGUCAUUUGUAAAAGAAGGAAAAGGGUCACAUUUGUUCACUUUUGUAAUAUUGUGUCCUGGGCAUGUGUUGGAGGUGUUGGGCGAAGCCAGCCAUCAGUGGCCAUGUGGGCACUGGGCGGGCUGGUCCCACAGAGAUGCCCACAGGGCGGUGAGAGCUGUCUUCCCCACCAGCCCAAGCCAGCACCUGACUAUUCCUCGGUUCAAUAAACAAUAGAUAAAGCAUU